CAUAACACAUGCGUUCAGUUCAGUCUUGCGCUUUCUGGACACUGGGCCACAGCAGCUCGUCAGUCCAAUUUUUAAAUUCAAACCGAAACUUGUGGUGAAAAAAAAAAAAGUGACUAUGAAAAUUCUACUGUUGAUUGGUGUUAUCGUUCUCCCCUACACCCUAGGACAAAACAUGAAAUGCUACGAUGGUGUCGAAUGCAAGCCCCCGUGCAAUGCUGUAAUAAAAAAGGAAGUGCUCUGCUCUUCUCAAUGUUUGAAAAUAGAUUUCGAGAUGAGUGAUAAAAGUGUAGCAACGGCGCACAAAUGUGGUCUCCCUUACUUGGGAGGCCAGGGUCCAGCAUGGUCUCUCUUCAAUUUGACAUCAUACGCACCAGGAACGAAGGUCAUACCAGAAAUAACCGCUGGGCAUGUGUACUUGUGCAAGAAAAACCUCUGCAAUGGAGCGCAUUCGAUCAUACCGGCAUCUCUACUUUUGACCUUCGUCAUCACGAUUGCGAGUCUCUUUGGAGCUAGUCAGACAGCAUUUUGAUAACAAAUCGAUUAUGUAAUCACAUGUGGCACUGAUACUUCAAUCAUAGGUCACGAAUACGAAAUUGCAUUAUAAUGGUACUGUUAUUACCAUUGUUUUAUUGUUAUUUUCGAGAAGAAAAAAAUUGUCUAUCAGAUUAAAUACCCCAAAAUUUAUAUUAAAUAGAAAGAAACUGAUCUCGUCACUCGCGCUCCUCUCUGAAUUGAUUUUUCAUUUUAAUUCAAUGCAGAGGGAAAAUGUCUAGAGAAAAUGGAAUUGGAAUUAAAUUUUUCAUGGAAUUUUUCCAAAUUCAAUGAAAAUGUUCAUCAGAAAUUUCUAAGAUCUUUACGGAAUAUUUCAGUGGAAAGUUUUUAACGACAUGAUUACUUUGGCGCCACGACAACUGGGAUAGACGGAAAAUGGAGAAUUGAGAGCGAGAACGCGAGAGAGGAAUAGUGGCGCCAAAGGAGUCGUAAUUUUUUCUUUUUACCCAUUUAUAAUACGCGAAAAAUUCGGGUGUUAAUUUUUCCCCUUUACGCUCAGAAUUUUGAGGAAGAAUUUUCCUCUCUGCGUUAACUACUUAGAAACAGGUAUCUAAUGCGCGAAAAAACAGGAAAAUGGAAUUUUCCUCUUGCUAUUAAAAAUUCUCGAUAAUUCAACAAGUUAUUCUCAUUAUCCUCUCAUUAUCCGAGUUGAAUUAAUGAACAAUAAUAAAAGUUAAUGAUUUAUAUUCCGUAGCUUCUUCUUUUGCUCUUCUCGAUCUACUCUACACAUUUCUACUCGCAACAUAUUUUGUUUAUCUAUCAAACGAGUAUUGGAGAAAAAUUUAUUUUCCUCCGGCUGUCACGAUAAAAAAAAAUCCUCCAAUUUCGCUGAAAUGUUCCGUCUCAAGUUUUUUUUUCUUUAGUUUUGCAAAACAUUUAUUUGUAUUUCUAAAUAUAUAAGUCCCGUAAGGGGUGUGUAAGGAAAAAUGUCUCGCAUACGGAAAAAUAAAAUAUAAAAUAAAGCAAAA